UUCAUUAUGUCCCCAUAGAGGAAAUUCAAAUAACAUGUAUAGAAAAGCUUAAGAUUAUCAAUUAUUUAUCAACUUCGAUGUUUCUCGGAGAGAAAUUGACACAAAAUUUCAGUUAUAGUCUGUAUACCUAAACCGGUAGAAACACUUGACUUUUUAAUCACAAAACAAAUCUACGUAUAUUUUACUAUUAACAAGAUGACAUUUUUUAGUGUUAUAUCAUUUUUCAAUUGUGACUAUGUGCAUCAUGUAGGUUUUCAUGAUUUAGGAGUACUUUGAAGAGACUUAUCAUUUAUAAAUUAUUACUGUUGACAUAAUAUAUUUUCUCCGAGAAAAAUCAGCUUUAAAUUUUGAGUUAUGAAAAAUAUACUUUUAUUUUAAUGGUAUCUUAGAAUAUAAGCAAUCAAAAUAUCUUUCUUAAUGGAAAUAAUGGUAUCAUGCGAAGAAAUAUAGCUAAAAAAACAUUACCUGUGCAGAGUUAUAAGUCAUUAUCUCGAAAUUUGUUUUCAAAAUAUUCAUAGUAUUAAUAAGAUUUACAUGAUGUAUAUAAUCUUCAAUUAAAAAACAAUUUGAUGUUUCCUCGUAAGAGACAUAGUAUUAUUGAUCUUUUCUAAAGAUAAUAAAUACUAACUAUUAAUCAAUAACAACAUCAUUUUAGGAACUUGGUUCAUGGUUUAUAAUUUAUGGUUUCAUAAAGAAUGCACCAUAUUUCUUGUUUCUUGCAUAUAUUGCUGCUGAAUUAUGUGUACGUUUUGUAUAUGAUUCAAUAUAUAUACUAUUGAAAGAAAAACAAAGUAUUUGGUCAGCAUUUAUUUCACCAUUAGAUAAAUUAGAACAAACAAAAUAUUAUGUUGCAAAAUUACUUCGACGUAGAUAUUCUUCUUCUUCUCUAAUAAUAAAUCAACAAAAUACAAUGACUAACAAUCAAAAUGAUAAAGAACAUAAAUCGAAACAACAAAAUGUAAAUAAACAAUCGAGUAUAAAAAAAUUUCUUGAAUUUUUUUAUAAUUGGGAUGAUGAUUUCCGUUAUACAACAAUAGCAACUUGUACUUAUACAGUAGCUUUUGUUUUUCUCUAUUAUUUGGCAUGUACAUCUGUUUUUCUCUAUAUGUCACGAACAAAAGGACACAUUACAUUUAUAAAAUCUUAUAUUGAAUACUCAGCAAAUAUAGAAUUAAAUGAAACAUUUUCUUUCAAAAAUGAAAUAAUAUUAAGUACUAUAUUUACGACAUUUGUAUUCGGAUUCCAAUUACUCAUUGGAAUGAAUAAUUAUAAAAGACAUAGAUUACAAAUAAAUAAAAAUAUUUAUCUUGAAGUUCCACAACUAAAAAUUUCUGAAUUGGAUUCAGUAGUAUCAAAGUCUUUACGUUAUUCUGGUUUUCUUAUUGGAUAUAUGGCAUGGGGUUUUGUUAUUUGUUUUCAUUUGAUACUUUUACUAUUGAUUAGUAUACGAAUUCUUUUAUUCAAAAUUCGUCAUAUUGAAUUAAUACUUGCGAUAAUUGUACCUGUUCUUAUUAUUUAUGUAUUAACAAUGCUUAGCAUGAAAUCAAUAGGAAAGUUUUUAUUUAUUCAAAAUAUAGAUAAAAAACCUAUGUUAAAAUGUGGAAAGCUUUAUGAAAUAUUUGCUUAUUUUAGUUUUUUUGCUGAUUGUUUUAUUGGUAUUGCAUCAUGUAUUAUUCGCUUAGUUCAAGCUACAUUUUUGAAUGUUAUAUAUAUGGCUCGAAUUGAUUAUAGCUUUCUUGGACGACCAUUGGAGAAUCUAGAUGUUGGCUUUGCUACUUACGUCUCAUAUUUACAUGUUGAAAAACAAUAUUCAAAUCCAAUUGUGUUCGCUUUCUGUAAUUUACUUUUGGAUGAGACUUAUAGAAAACCAGGAAACUAUGAUAAUGAAGAAUCUUUCACACCUCGGUAUGACUCUCAUGUUAAAGGUAAUUUUAAAGAACAAAAAGAAUGCCAAUUGACUGAGAGAAGAACGGAAUCUCUUUUAUUGACCCGCAAACUACAAAAAGACCCUGUUGGAUCAACAAAUUAUAUUAAUCAUAACACACAUAAAUGCAACCCGAGCACCAUGUCUAAUACGUCGUUACAUUCAAAAAGUAAUCAUUCAGUAUCUUUAUCGAUAAGUGAGAAGAGUUUGACAAAAGUAAAAUAUUGUUUAACAGAUGAUCUAUCAUCUAUUUCAAUCGCAGAAACCACGCAAAAAUCAAAAUUAAAAACUACAUCUAUUACAUUUGAUAAUAGUCAAGCUAUUGAUGGUAGUAAAUGCAAAUCUAGAAAGUUCACUAUUUCUAAUAAUGAGAUUAAAAUACAUACGAAUGACAGUUCUGCAAUACGACAAUUUUUUGAUACGGCUCAAGAACAAUCGUAUUCAACAACAUUUUCACAAUCAUCAAAAAUAAAUAUAGAGAAUCAAGCAGAUAAAGAUAAAGAUAUUGAUCUAUCUCAACAAACAAUAGUGACCACUGAAAAGAAUAAACAAGCAAUAGAAACAAAAAAAAAGAAAUUACAACAAAACUCUAUCAAGAAGAAAAUUUCGAAUAAAUCAAACCAAGACAUCUCAAACGCAAUUAGUUCAUCAGAAGAUAAUGACAGAGAAAGUAUCGAUCAAACUUCUAAAUACAUAUCAUUCAAUAAUACUCAUCUAAAUACUAAUCAAUCAUUGAAACAUCAACAAGAGACAACUUCAAUAUCACAUGAUACUAUUGAUCAAAGAAUACCAAAAGUAUCGAAUAUUAUUCCAAAUACACAAGUUAAGAAAAUUACAACGAAACAUCAUGAUCGUUCAAUUUUAACAAAAGAACAAUGUCCAACUCUUCGAGAAACAACUAUCAAUUCUUUAACAUCAAUUCCUCGAAGAUCACGUAAAAACAAUUUUUACUUUUUACUUUUGAUAUCACCUAAUAAUUUAUCAGUAGGUAUUUCAGAACAAUCGAAAGAUUCAUUUUUAUUAUGUGAUCAAAACAAUACAAACGAGAACAAUCAUCAUGAUAUUGUAAUAUCAACUAAUAAAACUCAAACAGGAAUUUUAAACCGUCCUCAUUCAAUCUUUGAAUCAAUGCCAUUAUUGUCUAGUCAUUCAACUAGACCAAUAUCAGAACAAAUACCAACAAAACAAAAUAAUAUUGACAAUAUUACGGCUGUAAAUAAAGAAGAGAGUAAAAAAAUAGAUCGAAGAAAAAUAGCACGUAAUCGAUGGUAUCUUGCUUACACAAUUAUUCGCAAUUCUUAUUUAUUUGAUCUAAGGAAAAAUCUAAAAGAAAAAUGUAACCGUUUAUAUUCACAAUCAAAUAAGUCCAUGAAUGAAACAUUAUUCCGAACGAUGACUAUUAAUCGAGAAACAGAGCCUGUAAGUAAUGUAUUAUUCAACACAUCAAAUAUACAACGAAGAAAAAAUAAAAUACCAGAGCCAUAUGAGCCGCAAUCAUCUACACAUCAUCCUAAUUUAUCAUCUAUGUCUAGUGAUGAUGAAGAUCCAGCUAGUCCAGCUGAAGAAUAUGUUGCAUUUUUCUUACAACAAUCGUAUAUUUAUGAUAUCGCUGAACAUCAAACUUUAAUGCAGAGUGCGCAUACAGUACCACAAGAAAGCAGUGAGCUACCAUCAUUGCAACCUAUAUCUACUACAAAUCAAUCCAUAACUGAUAAUCCACCAAAAACUAGUAAAUUAAUGAAUUUCGAUCAACAUAUGCAAGCAUGGUAUGAAAAUGAAAUAAGAAAGUUUCAAAACAAACAACCACAUUGUUAUAUUUAUACUUCAAAAUACGACUAUCAUAAGUAA